AUGCAUGAAGGUGUGUUCAAGUGCCCAGAGGACCAGCUGCCACUGGAUUAUGCCAAAAUUUUUCCAGAUGUGGAGCUGGAACAGCAGAUUCUUUCUCUGCCCAUCCGCUGCAUCCACAGUGAGGAGGGCUGUCGCUGGACCGCGCAGAACAAGCUCCUACAGGCCCAUUUGUCCGUGUGUGAGUUUAACGUGGUGUCGUGUCCAAACCGCUGCUUUGUGAAGUUGCUGCGACGUGAACUGCCGGAGCACCUGCAGCAUGACUGCACCAAGAGAAAACUACACUGUGACCACUGUGGUGACGAGUUCGCUGGGGAGGCAUAUGAGAGUCACCAAGGUGUUUGUCCAGAAGAGAGUGUGUACUGUGAGAAUAAAUGUGGAGCUCGUAUGGUGCGGAGACUGUUGGCCCAGCACUCUGUGUCUGAGUGUCCCAAACGCAAACUGCCCUGCAGAUACUGCAGAAAGGAGUUCCUCUAUGACACUAUUCAGCAUCAUCAGCAGCAGUGUCCACGCUUCCCUAUGCAGUGCCCUAACAGGUGCGGCACACCAGGAAUCACUCAAGAGACUUUAAUUGCACAUGUAAAGGAAGGAUGCAGCACUGCUGUGGUGCUUUGCCCGUUUAAGGAGGCUGGCUGCAAACAUAGGUGCCCCAAGACUGCAGUGGGACGACACCUUGAGGAGGCCACGCACACCCACCUCUCUCUUCUCGGUGGUCUGGUGAAUCGCCAGAGGCUGGAGCUCAGGGAACUCCGGCGUGCAGCGGAAGAACUCUCUGGAAGUCGAGAUGGCACGCUGCUCUGGAAGCUCACGGACUUCAGCCAACGGCUACAGGAAGCUAAUAGCAGGACUUCUGGGAGUUUGGAAUUGUUUAGUCCCGCCUUCCAUUCCCAUAACUAUGGUUACCGUCUGCAAGUGUCCGCCUUUCCCAAUGGGAACGGCAGUGGCGAGGGCUCUCACUUGUCAAUCUACAUUCGUGUUCUACCAGGAGAGUAUGACGGGCUGCUGGAGUGGCCUUUCCCUUACCGCGUGUCCUUCUCGCUCUUGGAUCAGAGUGUCCCGGCGCUCACCAAACCUCAGCACGUCACAGAGACCUUCAGCCCAGAUCCCACCUGGAAGAACUUCCAGAGACCACGGCCUGGAGCUCUGGGAAGUGUUCGUGGGGGCUGUCUGGAUGAGAGCAUGCUGGGCUUCGGCUACCCAAAGUUCAUCUCCCAUGAGGAGAUGAAGAAAAGGAACUAUAUUAGAGACAACGCUAUUUUCAUUAAAGCCUCCAUAGAUGUUGUCCAGAAGAUACUGAACUCUUGAGUUCUGAAAUAAAUGUUAAAUAAUGUGAAAAAUAUUCACU